UCGCCCUUAUUCAAGCUAUCUCUCUUUCUCUCGAAACCCUACCAUGUUGUAUUUAUUCACUUGAAACUUUCUCAUACCAUCUCCACCUUUGAACCUGAACUAGAGCUUCUGACAGAAAAGAAGGGCAAAAACACUUGAACUCGAGCUCAAGCUGACGACGGCGUCUCACGGCGGCGCCGGCGAUCAUUCCGCCGGCCUUACCAAUGGAUCUUGCGCGUCGUUUUCCAAAACCCUCUUCCAAGAAUCAAGUCUUGAGCUGGAAAAGGCAAAACCUUUCGCAAAAUCACGGGAAGAAAUACCGUCCGUUACCGUUCUUGACGGUGGCGACCAUGGCGAGAUGGGGUCCCGGUCGCCCUUGUACUUGAACCUAACCCGAAUCGGUUCUGCUCGGUCACAAUCAAAGCCCCGUGCAGACGAGCUAGGAUGCUGUGGGUCGGUUUCCCAUUCGGGUCCCUCGCCAGAAGUAGCCAUUGGCGAUGGCAAGAUUGGAGCUGGGUCGCGCUUGCAUUCAUGCCCGAGCCGGCCCGACCCCUGUUUGGCUCUGGCUGUGAAGGCGGCGAAGGUCAUAGAGGAAGUGGAAGAGGAGGAGGUCGCGACCAUUGCUGAUCCCAGGGAUGGGACCAUUUUAUUGCCGUCGUGCUCGCGGCAGGCAGCAGCGGACGAUGUGGCGAAGCCGAUGGAGGGGCUGGGAGAGGCGGGGCCAACGCCGUUCCUGAGGAAGACGUAUCAGAUGGUGUCGGACCCGGGUACGGACCCGGUGGUGUCGUGGGGUUUGAGGCGGGACAGCUUCGUGGUGUGGGACCAGCGGGAGUUCUCCAAGCAGGUCCUGCCUCGAUACUUCAAGCACUCCAACUUUUCCAGCUUCAUCAGGCAGCUCAACACUUACGGUUUUAGGAAGAUCAAUCCAGAUCGAUGGGAGUUUGUGAACCAAGGUUUUCAGAAAGGGAAUAAGCACUUGCUGAAGAAUAUAAAGAGGAGAUGCAAAUUCAGUGAGCAUAGAAAAACAUCGAGUAGUACUGUCACCUCUGAUUACCAGAAAGCUGAAAAUGAAGUGGAACUCAACACGCUUAAGAAGGGCCAGGAAGUGUUGAAGACCAAGAUCCUUAAACUAAGAGAAGAGCGGAAGAGCUUUCAGCAUGAGAUUGAGCAAGUCGCAGAGCGGGUUCGCCAUGCUGAGUGCAGGAACCAGCAGAUAUUCCUCUUCCUCACAAAAGCAGCCAAAAGCCCCAACUUUGUCCAUCAUUUAAUCCAGAAGAAGAGCCAGAAGAGAGAUUUAGAGACUUGUGAAUCAAGCAAGAAGAGCAAAUUGCUUGGUUCCGAUGCUGAAGCCACCAAAUUCUUGAAUGAAGCAAUGGAUCACAUGAUUAAAAGCCCAAACGUUGAUUGCCUGAGAAUCAGUGAUGAUUUGGCACAGACGGAGCAUUGGCCAAAUAUGGUCGUGCUGGAGGAUUUUGACACCAUUCAGAUGCACAAUACAUGGCCUUCAAUGGAUGGUGAGGAUUUCAGAGUUUUGCUGGGUCAGACGCCCGAUCAGAUGGCCAGAGCUAGUCCGUCUGAUUUGUCUUCGGUAUUGGAUGGGAUGUCCGAGAAACUACUCGGGGAAGACAUGGCUAUUGGCGACGAUGCAGACAACAUAGAAGUAGAAGACAACCUGACAGUGAAUGACACGGGAAUCUAUCUUGAACUGGAGGGUCUGAUUGAUGGAUGGGGUACCAAGUGAACUGAUGGAGCAAGCAGUGGGACUGAUGCCCUAAAUUUCCAUGUACUCCGGCGCUACCCUUUAUGUUAUUUUCUUGCCCUUUUGGUUUCCUUUUUGUUAUUUUAAGCUGGACAUUAGAAUCAUUGUUGCUGCUGUUUUUUUGUGAUCCAGAUCACAUAAUGCAGCUUUUGCAUAGUUGGAGAGAGGGUUUCUGAAGUGAAGCGACCCUUCGCUUCACGGCAUGAAGGUAUAUGCUGGAAACAGGAAAGAAGAAGAAUCCAACUAAUGAACUAGGUUUUGGUGGGUCAAUGGAAUAUGCUUGUGUACAUCUGCCGUAGUUUCUUACUAUUUCACCGUUGUAUCAAAGUCCUCCCAUGGUUGUUUUCUCACCUUUGCAGAAACUUUUCUUUUUCUUUUUCUGUGCUUGUGUAGCUGCCAGUUAUGCGUAAGUGAAAGCGUUCAUAGUG